UGGGAACUCUGGGGAGAUGUGAUUUCCUUCCGCUGUCCCUUUCCUCCCUCAUUUGCGUCCCUUGCAGAGGGAAUUUGAAGAGUUUAAUGAACGCUCAGUUCCUCCUUUCAGCACCGGCCGGGCCCCUCCGCCGUGUGCUCCUCCGGCCGGCAGGCGGCGCUAGCGCGGAGCGCCGCCUCAGGACACGCGGAGGGGCUGCGCAUGCGCAAAGCGGCCGGACCCGCUUCCCUGGAGGAGCAGCGGCCUCACUUCCCUUGGAAAAGCUGCCAGUCCCGCUUCCCUGGGAAAGCCGCCGGACCCACUUGCCAUUUUUCUGACAAAGCAGCCGGCCUCGCUUCCCUCGCCCUCGGCACCCGCCGCCGCUGAGGGCGACCGUGCGCCGUCUCGGCCGGCCCCGCUGACGCCAGUGGCGCUCCCGCCCCCUCUCCAUUCUCUCGCUCCAGGGGUUCGUCCCCGCCUUCCUUCGCCGCCAAGAUGCCGCGCAUUAUGAUUAAAGGCGGCGUGUGGCGGAACACCGAGGAUGAAAUUCUGAAAGCAGCUGUUAUGAAAUAUGGCAAAAACCAGUGGUCUCGAAUUGCCUCAUUAUUGCACAGGAAAUCAGCAAAGCAGUGCAAAGCCAGAUGGUACGAAUGGCUGGACCCGAGCAUCAAAAAGACAGAGUGGUCUCGGGAGGAGGAGGAGAAACUGUUGCACCUGGCCAAGCUGAUGCCAACCCAGUGGAGAACCAUUGCCCCCAUCAUUGGGAGAACUGCUGCACAGUGCUUGGAACACUAUGAAUUUCUGCUGGACAAAGCUGCUCAAAGAGACAAUGAGGAAGAAACUGCUGAUGAUCCUCGGAAACUGAAACCUGGAGAAAUCGAUCCAAAUCCAGAAACCAAACCUGCCAGGCCAGAUCCCAUUGACAUGGAUGAAGAUGAGCUUGAAAUGCUGUCUGAGGCUCGAGCACGUCUGGCGAAUACACAAGGCAAGAAGGCCAAGAGGAAAGCCAGGGAGAAGCAGCUGGAGGAAGCUCGACGUCUUGCUGCUCUCCAGAAAAGACGAGAACUUCGUGCUGCUGGAAUUGAGAUCCAGAAGAAAAGAAAAAAGAAGAGAGGUGUGGAUUACAAUGCAGAAAUUCCAUUUGAAAAGAAGCCUGCCCCUGGUUUUUAUGAUACAUCAGAAGAAAAUUAUCAGUCCCUGGAUGCAGAUUUCAGGAGACUGCGUCAGCAAGACCUGGAUGGAGAAUUAAGAUCUGAGAGGGAGGGAAGAGAGCGCAAAAAGGACAAGCAGCACAUGAAACGGAAGAAAGAGUCAGACUUGCCCUCAGCUAUUCUGCAGACCAGUGGAGUGUCAGAAUUUACCAAGAAAAGGAGUAAACUGGUGCUUCCAGCUCCUCAGAUAUCUGAUACAGAACUUGAAGAAGUUGUAAAAGUUGGCCAAGCAAGUGAGAUUGCACGGCAGACUGCUGAGGAAUCUGGAAUCACAAACUCGGCUUCCAGCACUCUUCUCUCUGAAUAUAAUGUAACCAACAACAGCAUAGCUCUGAGGACUCCUAAAACUCCAGCAGCCCAGGACAGGAUCCUGCAGGAGGCCCAGAAUCUGAUGGCUCUCACAAAUGUGGAUACUCCCCUGAAAGGAGGUCUUAAUACUCCCUUGCAUGAAAGUGACUUUUCAGGGGUAACACCACAGAAACAGGUUGUUCAGACUCCAAAUACUGUGCUUUCCACACCUUUCAGAACACCCUCUCAGGGGUCAGAGAGCUUAACUCCUCGAGGAGGACUGACUCCCAAACCUGCACUUGGCACAACUCCUGGGAGAACUCCCCUGAGGGAUAAACUGAACAUCAACCCAGAAGAGGGAAUGGCAGAUUACAGUGACCCAUCCUAUGCAAAACAAAUGGAGAGGGAGUCUCGGGAGCACCUGCGCCUGGGGCUCAUGGCCCUCCCUGCUCCAAAGAAUGACUUUGAGAUUGUUCUACCUGAAAAUGCAGAAAAGGAACUUGAAGAACAUGAAGUAGAUGAAACCUUUGUAGAAGAUGCUGCUGAUAUAGAAGCCCGCAAGCAGGCUCUCCGGGAAGCAGAGCGUGCCAAGGAACUGAAGAGAAUGCACAAAGCUGUGCAGAAGAAUCUACCACGGCCCUCAGAAGUUAAUGAAACAAUACUGAGGCCCUUAAAUGUGGAACCACCUCUAACAGACUUGCAGAAAAGUGAAGAACUCAUAAAGAAAGAGAUGAUUACCAUGCUUCAUUUUGAUCUUUUACAUCAUCCAUUUGGAGAACAGUUUACUGGUAAGAAAGGCAAAGGCCCAGGAUUUGGAAGCAACAAUGCAGAACACAUGGCUUACUUGGAACAAAAUCCUUAUGAGAAGUUCUCCAAAGAGGAUCUCAAGAAGGCACAGGAUCUACUGGCACAAGAGAUGGAGGUGGUAAAGCAAGGAAUGGGGCAUGGAGAGCUAUCAAGUGAAGCCUAUAACCAGGUGUGGGAAGAAUGUUACAGCCAAGUGUUGUACCUGCCUGGACAGAGCCGCUACACAAGGGCUAACUUGGCCAGUAAAAAAGACAGGAUAGAGUCACUUGAAAAGAGACUUGAGAUCAACAGAGGCCACAUGACCACUGAAGCCAAGAGGGCUGCCAAGAUGGAGAAGAAGCUGAAGAUCCUUCUUGGUGGUUACCAGUCUCGAGCAAUGGGGCUCAUCAAGCAGCUCAAUGAUCUGUGGGACCAGAUCGAGCAGGCCCACCUGGAGCUGCGGACCUUUGAGGAGCUGAAGAAACACGAGGAUGCUGCCAUCCCUCGGAGACUGGAGUGUCUCAAGGAAGAUGUGCAGCGACAGCAGGAGAGAGAAAAGGAGCUCCAGCAGAGAUUUGCUGACUUCAUGUUGGAUAAAGAGACUUUUCAAGCAAAGUAUUAAAGCACAAAAUUCCAUCUGUCACUGACAUAACAUUUCUAAACUGUGCAGAUACUUCUCCAGCAGCUUUUGCCAGCAGUUGCAGAAAUCAAGUGUAGUCUGCUGUUUCCAUCUUGUCAAGUUUUGUUCCUUCAGUGGACUAUUCCAAACGCUGUAGGUAUGAAUAGCUCUGGCCAGUGUUAAAAAUGGGAUUAAAAUGUCCAAAAUAUUAUUGAAAGAAAAGAAAAAUCUCUCUGGUAUGAUUUUAGCCAUGUCUUCAUUUGCUAGGGUUAUCACGUUAUUCCUAGUGUUCUACCAGUCUUAAGACUUGUAAGAUACAUGCAGAAUAAUGUCUUUUGAAUAAAUCUGGAAUGAUAAAAAUCAA